UCAGAGCUUCCAUUUAUUUUGUUGGAAUGUAAGGAUACCUCAUUGGGCCAAAAAGGAUUCCGGAAAUCAAAAGGUUUUGGACAAUGUUUCUAUUUUAUUGUUUUGUUUUUACUUUGGGAAUAUUUUUAUGAAUUUCCUAAAAAGUGUGAAUUUUCUAAAAGUGAAAUGUAAUUUUAGAUAUAACGAUUUGAGUUAAAAUUAAAGAUUUGUUUGUUCGGUUCAAAUGAUUUGAGAGGGCGCGUGCUUGUUUUGGCCGGAUCCAUUUUUUUUUUUCAUUUUGACUUUCCACCGCGUCUACAAAAGUUUAAAAGAUUAAUGCACUAUAAAGCAUGCAAUUAAAAUAUAGCCACUCUUCUUAUGAAUUUAUUUUUUUAACAGAUUAGGCUGUACACGGGCAGGAAGAGCUCUAAAGUCUAAACACCUCGACCUGGUUAUGGUCUCUUCCUUCCUUCUGCCUGCACUCCGCUGAUAGAGUUCGUCUCCUAGCAACAACACAUUAGACGCCAAAGAUGGCGGCACCGAAAGUGAUGAGAGUUUUCAUAAACAACAUUGACUCCUUCUCCUCCGGACACAUCGCCGAGUGUCUGAGUGAGCGCGCGGCUGUCGCACCUGAUCAAGAAGACCUUCCGGAACCUGCAGUCCUCCAGGUGGUUGGAACGGCAUCUGAGGACGCGCCGCGCGCACUGGAGGUUUAUAUUGUAGGUGAAAUGAUCCGAAGUGUAAAGACACGUCCUAAUAGAGAAGAGCUGCUGUUCAAACUGAUGCAGUGCGAUGUUGUGAUCUAUAACAUCAGCGAGGAGGCGGAGCAAGUGGAGGAGGCCAUGUGGGCUGUAACAGCUCUGCACGGUUUGAUUGGGAGUUUCUCAGCACCAAAGAUGUUUAUCCUCAUCUCCACAGUCAUGACCUGGGCUUCAAGCAAGCCCGUCGAUCCCGAUGACCCAACGCUUCCUUUCACAGAUGAGAUUUUCUGGAGCAGAAAAGCUCACCUGAACUUUGUGCGGCACAUUGGCCUGGAGAGGAGAGUGGCCAAAAUGGGCAAAACUAAUAGGGAGAUGUUCUCCACUUAUGUGGUGGCAUCAGGACUGCAGUACGGGAUGGGAGAACAUCUAUUCCACUACUUUUUUAAGAGAGCGUGGCUCGGACAGGAGCCUGAAGUUUCUGUAUUUGGAGACUGUGAUAACGUUCUUCCCACGAUUCAUAUCAGGGAUUUGGCCAGUAUCAUUCAACAUGUGAUCCACCAUCGGCCCAGGCCGUACUACCUGCUGGCUGUGGAUGGUUCCAACAACAGCAUGGAGGAAAUCAUAAAGGCAGUGGCCUCCACUCUGGGACCAGGAAAGAUCCAGAAACGACCCGUUGAGGAGGCCCUUCUUGUACAGGACUUGAGUGCAGCAGACAUUGAUUUUCUGCUGGUCAACCUGCGAAUGGAAGCCGUGUUCAUCCGGAAGCUGUUUUCCAUCCGCUGGCACUGUGAAUUUGGGCUGGUGGAGAACGUGGAUCUGGUGGUGGAGGAGUACCGGCAGAGCCGGGGACUGCUGCCCAUCCGGAUCUGUGUGCUGGGUCCUCCUGCGGCGGGGAAGAGCACCGUGUCCAAGGAACUCUGCCAACAUUACAAGCUCCAUUACAUCACCCUGAGGGACACUGUGUUUGAGGCCAUCGCCCAGCUGGAGGACGCUGUGAAUAAUCUUAAUCCAGAAACAGAUGACUCAACAAUGAAGGAUCUUCUAAACAGCCUAAAGGACAGCACGGAGAACAGCAAAGAUGUUUCAGAGAACCAGCUGAAGGUGUUGAAAGAUAAACUGAUGUCUAACCCGUGCAGAAACCAAGGCUUUGUUCUUGACGGUUUCCCCAACACCUACGAACAAGCAAAAGAACUCUUUGGUGCAGAAGAAGACGAUGAGACAUCCCACAAUGCUUCGUUCAAGAGGAUUGUUCCAGAGGUCGUCUUUACUUUGGACGCAUCGGACAACCUCCUGGUGGAUCGAGUGAUGAACCUGCCCGAGAGCGUGGUGCAGGAGCACAAAUACCAUCAGGAGAACUUUAAGAGGCGGUUAACCGCCUACAGGAAAAUCAACGCAGACGAGGAAACAGUUCUCACCUUCUUUACUGAGAUGGACAUCCCAUCAUGGCACCUGGAAAUCACUAGCAGUUCAGAAGCCGACAAUCGAUUGCUCAUCCACAAGAUCCUGCAGACGGUGGGUCCUCCUAGAAGUUACAGCCCCUCCAGACGGGAGAUAGAGGAGGAGGAGAGGAAGAAGGGAGAGGAAACGAUGAAGAAGGAGGCCCUGGAAAAGGCAGAAAAGGACAAGAAGGAGGCAGAGGAGGAGGAGGCCAGGAGAAGGGCAGCACGUUUGGAGAACUGGAGUCGGUGUUUGGAAGUGGCGAGGCGACAUAAGGAGGAGCCACUGAAGGCUGAGGCCCUGAGCUACCUGAAGAAGGAGGUCAUGCCCACGCUGGUGCAGGCUCUGAGCGAGUGCUGCCGACUUCAGCCUCCAGAUCCUGUGGACUUUGUGGCGGAGUAUCUAGUCAAGAACAACCCCACUGACAAGCCAGCCUAAAGAUUUGAUUGUACAAGAACAUAUUUCUGUUCUGUCAUAGUAAAGAAGAGAACCUUGGGCACCACAAUGGAUCUUCAACUUUUCAUCUGGCUGUCCCUGUCUCUACCUGACUUGAUGGCGAACAGUUUAAAACCCACUUUGUAUUAACUAACAAUUCAAAUCCUUAAGUUAAUAAGUUGGAACAUCUUUGCUGAAAUUCUAAAUGUGUUUAAGGGAUGUUUUUCCCAGUUAUUUGCAGAGUUUUGUGAUGUUCCCCUAAAUGUUACAUGGAAUAAACCCAACUUUCCCUGAA